AGUGGUGCUGCUGUAGUUUCCGGGUGCUGAGCAGCGGGAGCAGUGAGGAGAGAAGCCGUUAGCUGAAUCCAAAUCAGGGAAUCCCAAACAGCGUUUCUUAGUUAGUUCAUCAGAGAUGGAGCGACCCCGGAGACAGCUGGAGGAGACCAAGCUGGGGGGGGAAGCUUUACCUCCAGAUGUUCUGGAAGUGAUUGUUGGUGAAGAGGAGCAGCAGGAGCCAGAGGCCCCCCCACACAUUAAAGAGGAGCAGGAGGAACUUUGGAGCAGUCAGGAGAGAGAGCAGCUUCAAGGGCUGGAGGAGGCUGAUAUCACCAAGUUCCCAUUCACUCCUGUCCCUGUGAAGAGUGAAGAUGAUGAAGAGGAAGCUCAGUUCUCACAGCUUCAUCAAAGACCAACUCAACACAUGGAAACACAAGCUGAUGGAGCGGACUGUGUAGGACCAGAACCAGCAAGGAACUCACAUCCACCUUUACAACCAGAGACUGAAGACCAGACCAGAGACUCUUCUGAAACUGAGACUGAUGACAGUGCUGAUUGGAAGGAGACCAGAGAACCUCAGCCAGCUUUAAACUCUCUGAAACAUGAUUCAAGAUGUAAGAAAACAUUCAGCUGCUCUGAGUGUGGGAGGAGAUUUGGUCAAAGGGGACAUCUGAAGAGACACAUGCUAACUCACACAGGAGAGAGACCUUUCCGAUGCUUAGACUGUAAAAAAUAUUUUACAAGAGUUGGAGAUUUACAGAAACAUAUGAGAAUCCACACAGGAGAAAAGCCUUUCAGCUGCUCUGAGUGUGGUAAAGCUUUCACUGAAAGUGGAACCCUGAAGAGACACAUUAAAACUCACACAGGAGAACGACCUUUCAGCUGCUCUGUCUGUAUGAAAUCUUUUACACAGAGAGGAAGUUUACGGUCACACAUGGCCGUAGUCCACACAGGAGAAAAACCUUUCAGCUGCCCGGUGUGUCAGCUCUCGUUUUCACGGAGACAAUAUUUACAGAGACAUUUGAUUAUCCACAAGGGGGGGAGGCUCCCCUGCUGCUCGGUGUGCAGUAAAGGUUUCACUUCAAGUGGCAAUCUGAAGAGACACAUGAUGACGCACACGGGAGAAAGACCUUUCAGCUGCUCCGUCUGUAAGAAGUCUUUUAGCGAGAGAGGAGGUUUAAAAAGACACAUGACGACUCACCAAAACAAAAAAACCAUUAGCAGUUUGGAGUGUGGUACUGAGAGCAGCAGAAUAAAGAUCCAGUUGAUAACUCACACAGGAGAGAAGCUUCUCAGCUGCUCAGUGUGCCAGAAGUCUUUUACACAGAGGGAUAGUUUACAGAGACACGUACGCAUCCACACAGGAGAGAAGAAGUACAGCUGCAGUUCUUGUGAGCAGACAUUCGCCUGGUCCACCAGCCUCAAAAUCCAUCAGUGUCUUGGCCGACAACCAGAGACUGAAGACCAGACUGGAGACUCUACUGAUCCUGAGGCUGAUGAUAGUGCUGAUUGGAAGGAGACCAGAGAACCUCAGUCCGCUUUAGACUCUCUGAAACAUGAUUCAACGUGUAAGAAAACAUUCAGCUGCUCUGAGUGUGGGGGAGGAUUUGGAAAAAGGGGACAUCUGAUGGACCACAUAAGAAUCCACACAGGAGAGAGACCGUUCAGCUGCCCAGUGUGUCAGCAAUCCUUUAAGCAAAGCGGACAUUUAUACAAACACAUGAGCAUCCACAAGAAGGAGGAGGAGCACGCAGAGGAGGAACUUUCACCCUACACUCCUUCGGUCCUUCCGACUGUGAGUUCAAUUGAGGGAUCGGUUCUUGAGAUGUGCGAAGGACAGACGCACAGACAGAGACUCCUUCCUUCAUAGACGGAUGGUGCCGCUGGGGCACCACCUUUUGGCCACAUG